UAAUUCCGACCACUUAUCGCUCGUGUUUAUCAAGUUAAAAGCUGCGAAUCGCUGAACAUAGAGAUACAAGUUGAGUGAGCUGAUCAUAGUGCCAUAGACCGAAAUUCAUAGCGAAAUAGUGUCGGAAAAACUGCCAUCAUUCGUGCCGAUUUCAUAGUGAAAAAUUGCACGUAAACAUUGAUCAAAAUGGCAGAAAACAAAAAAAGUGGCAUUUGGUGCUAUUUUGAAAGCAGCUCAUCUACACCAGAAAAAAAGCGGUGCACAAUAUGCAAGCAACAAAUAUCGGUGAAAAACAAAUCGACGUACAAUAUGAUACGGCACUUCAAAAAUAAACACCCCACCGUGGCGAUAGGGCGCAAUACUCCGGCAGACGAUACCUCGGACACGCCUGGAUCCAACAACGACGGCAACACCGGUCUACCAAAACCUCAAACGCAGGAGCAAAGUUCGCUUGCAAAAUAUGUAAAUAUAAUGAAUCCAUUAAAUGUAGAUAGAAAAAAAAGUUUGGAUAAUAAGUUAUUAAAUUUAAUAUGCUCGAAUGCAUUACCUUUUCGUUUAGUGGAAACAGAAGAUUUUAAGGAGUUUAUAAACGAUUUGAACCCGAAUUAUAAUCUUCCAACAAGGAAAACUUUAAGUACAACAUUAUUAAAUUCAAAUUAUGCUAAGUUGUUAAAAAGAGUAAAACACGAAGUCGCUAAUGCAGUAGCUGUUUGUCUUACCGUAGAUGGGUGGACCAAUUUACAAAACGAAAGCUUUUUAGCUGCGACUGCUCAUUUCAUCAAUGGAGAGGCGAACCUAAAAAAUUUUCUUCUUGAAUGUGACGAGUUUUCUAACAAAGAUACGUCGGAAAAUAUUACACGGUGGUUUAAAUCAGUUAUGAGCAAUUUUGGAAUCACUCAUAAUGUUGUAUGUAUUGUUACCGACAAAGGGGCCAACAUGGAGCGUGCUGUAAAUUUAACUGAUGUAUCAAAUCUUCCUUGUUUUGCACAUACUUUAAAUUUAAUAGUCCAAGAUGCAUUAAACAAUUCUAUCAGCAGAACUGUAAGUGUCGUUAAAGGCAUAGUUAAGUAUUAUAAAAAAAACCCUGCUGCUUUAAAUAAAUUAAAAGAAUAUCAAGAUCGGUUAGGUUUUACACAAAACAAACUUAUAUUAGAUGUAGUAACAAGAUGGAAUAGCACAUAUCAUAUGUUAGAAAGGUUCUACGAAAACAAAGAUCCGAUUCUUGCGACACUUCCUUUAUUAUCAUGUUCAUUAACACAAUUAGACCAAAAAGAUUGGGUAAUAAUUAAAGAUUCCAUAGAUGUAUUGAAAUUCUUUGAUCUAGUUACUUUGGAAAUUUCGGCAGAGAAAACUGUAACAUUAUCAAAAAUUAGAGUAAUUACAGAACUUAUGAUCAAAAAGAUAGAUUUUUUUUUACGACCAGGACUAGUAGAUGAAGUAGAGUCUCUAGUUAAGUUUCUUAAAGAUGGCAUGGAAAAAAAAUUACAAUAUUUAGAUAAUGAAAUUGUUCAACAGGCUACAGUACUUGACCCUCGUUUCAAACAAAAGGGUUUUAAAAAUGACUUAGAUUUUAAGCAAUGUUGCGCAAAAAUUUUAGACAGAAUGGAAUCUAUCAAUCCGAUUUCUAAUAAUGAUGAAGAAAGAGAUAUAGAAUGUAAUGUAACAGACGCGUCUUGGGCAACAGAAAGUAUCUGGGAGGAGUUUGACACGCCUGGAAAUGACUCGGAAAUAGCAUUAAACACUCGAAAUUGCCAUCAAAUAGAAAUCGAUAACUAUAUCGCAGAACCUUUAGCCUAUAGAAAUGAUUGCCCUCUCGACUGGUGGAAAAUAAAUAAAAAUAAGUAUCCUACUUUGUUUAAUUUAGCUUUAAGAACGCUAUGUAUACCAGCAACAUCUGUUCCUUGUGAACGGGUGUUUUCUAAAGCAGGGGAUAUAGAAAUUACUAAAAGAAAUAGAUUGAAGUCAGGCAAACUACAGAAGAUUUUAUUUUUAAAGGAAAAUUCUGCGAAAUAAUAUAAUAUAUGAAUAUAUAACGGCGAUAUGGACUACGAUUUGCAAAUAUUUACAUUGAUAUAAAUAAGUAUAUUCAACAUUUUAUAUAUAACAUAUCUUAAGAGAUAACCGAGCAAGCCCGGGAUAAGGCGAUGGUUAGUGAAGGAAAUGUCCUACCCCAUUAUUAUUGUUAGUUCUUA